CGGGGGCUAUUGCCUGCCGUGGAAGCUCCUCGACGAUUGCGGACCCGAGAGCCAAGUUGAGAAGCAGAAAUGCACUAUGUACAUCCCUCAAACUUUAGAUCAGUCGUAUUUGACGACAACUCAGUUUACUGGAGACCAAGCCUCUGAUCAGGUCAUCUACCGAUGGAGGAAACGAGAGGAAGCUCUCAAAAAAAAAGGGCAGGGGCCCCUAAAAGGGGAGAGGAGGUCCAAGCGAACAAUGAUGAGGCUCCCGAUGACGAGGCGAAAUUCAACGGCAAGCUUCUGAUGGUGAGCCAAGUAUGGCUAUGGCAAGUGGAUAGUAAGCAGUUAAACUACGGUCGGAUACAUGACUCUAAUGCCCGGCUUGUGGCGUCCCCGGACCCGUGGACUGAGGCCGAGGGCACUUCCUUGUUCGACAAAUUACAUUCUCUUUGGUUCCAAAACCAGGAAGAAAGUAUCGAGAACUUUGUAUGGCAGGUGCUUCAUCAGUGCAUUAAUAGUUCGGAUGAGCCAGUGUACAGAGGGCCGGGAGGAUCGGAAACUUGGGCAUCCAUAUUUGCAAAAAGCAUUGCUGCUCGCCGUCUAGAAGAAACAAGACGGUACACAGAGUUUAGCGAGUACAUCCGCGAUGCCAGCAAAAGGUCGAGCCUGAAGCAAUCGAAGAGCGAAGAGGAACGCAAGAGGGAACUCAAGGCGCUGUAUGACAUUUCUCCUGAAACCGAAGAACUGCGACAAACAAGAGACAUUCGAAACGAGUUGGAGAUGAUUGGACGAGUCUUUGACACCCAGGACGCUGUUUUUAAGGACUGGGGAAAAAGGAAAGCAAAGGAAGAUCCUGACAGGACCAAGAAAGCAAAGGAAGAUCAUGAUAGGACCCAGAAAGCAGAUCCUGAUUGGAUCCAGACAGCAGAUCCUGAUAGGGUCCAGAAAGCAGAUCCUGAUAGAUACCAGAGAGCAGAUCCUGAUUUUGCCGGAAAGCGCGAAGGUCUGAAGAAACUCGAUGAGGAAGCUCAGCGCAUCGAGAAACGAGUAUCCCGCCCACUCCACGCAAAGCUUAGACUGCUACUAAUGCAAUCCAGUUCAACCAGCUCCUCGAUCUCAAGCAAAAGCAAGGUAGUUUAAACUUUGCUGCCGACGCCUACAAUCGCGACUGGGAAAACGAGAAGCAGUCUCAACUUCUUUUCGUGUUCACAGUCAUCACCGUUGUUUUCACACCACUCAAAUUCAUCGCUGCAUAUUUUGCCAUUCCAACUGAUAAAUACCCUCAUCCUGGCAACGGGGACGCCGUCAGUUGGAAGUUAUGGCAAUCUUCCGCUGCCUUGGGUAU